UACACACAGCGGGAACAAACACAUUUAAACAGCGUGUGCUUUAAAGGAGGUUGUGUGGCAACAGCAAUUACAGCAGCAGGAGGUGACGAGGUGAGGCGCUCCGCCGUGCCACGUCAGAUGCUCGUCCCCCUGCCAGGCUCGGGACGGUGAGGAGGCUUCUUUGUGGAUUCUGUUUGGCAUUUCAAGAUCCAUCCAGCCAUCCUACGUCUUUACUUACAACUCGACCCUGACAACACAGACUACCCAACUGCACUGGUCACACAGCAAGUACGAGCGAUGCCAUCAUGAAGACUGCACACAUAUAUAUAGUUGUGAUCUUAAUGUCUAAUGCAUUGCAAGAACUUCAUUCUGAGAGAGUCACCUGUGGAGGCACGCUGAGAGAGCCGCAAGGCUCUUUCACCAGCCCCAACUACCCACAGCAUUACCUGAACAGCGCCUUCUGUGUCUGGGUCAUCGAAGCACUGCCAUUUUCUGUCAUCGUGUUAGAAAUUGUCGACAUGGAACUUGAAUUAUUCUUCGAUUCAGUUACUCUUUCAGAAAACCAGAUGGCUACAGAUGCUGAGUUCAAUGGCUACUCGUACAAGUCUUUUAGCAAUACGCUGAUAGUAAAAUUCAAGUCUGACUUGAGUGUGACAUAUAGAGGGUUCAAUGCUUCCUACAAAAUAAUCACGUACGCUGAUGAUUACCGAAGGCCGCUUGGGAUGGAGUCUGGCCUUAUCCCUGAUGACAUAAUAACGGCGUCGUCUGAAUUUGGCGAUCCUUUCUUGGCAAGGAACGCACGAAUCAACAGCCCACUGGGCUACUGGAGACCUCGCCAGUCCCGCAGCUCCGAGUUCCUGCAGAUCGAUUUUCGUUCCGCGGUUAAUCUGACGGGGAUGAUCUUGCAGGGAUCUUCUCCGGAGCUGGGUCUGCGCUACGGCGUGAGACCCGGCUGGGUGACUGCGCUCUUAGUCACUUGCAUUGAUGCGGUCGUCUCUACCGGAUGCCGUGAUGCUAUAGCGUUCUACACGGGGCUUGUGGAUGCCAUCUCGCCAAAAAUCACGCUUUUUAGAAGCCCCAUUUUUGUCCACGGAAUACGAUUGACUCCGUUGUCCUGGGAGAACGAGAUAGCUCUACGUAUCGAAUUAUUGUCUCCCUACUCGAAACAAGGCUCCACGGAGAUUACCUACGAGCCCCUCGAGCCAGAUGGAACCGUGAAUGUAACAAUAAGGGGCGCGUUCUCGGGUGCCGCGUGCUACGUUUGCACCCCUGAGCAUGGCCACACCUUUCUCUACGGCCCCUUCUUUUGCAAGAACCUUUUCCCGUCGUCUCGCGCGGUAAGCGGGCACCACGAAGGCACCUUCUCCUUCUCUCAUUCCUUCUUGGCAUACGGCACCCACCAGGUACGAGUUCAGGAAAUUACCGCUUUUGACACCAGAACGUACGACAAGACCAUCUACGUCAAUGACCACGGCUGUAUCAGUUACAGUGUGACUCUGGAAGAUGAAUUACGGAGCAAGGGUAAGACAAGACUUUUGGAAAUAUCAGACAGCAUGGAUGUGGUGGCAAACCUGAAGGUGUUCUGCGUUCAAACUUAUACCGAUGCAGAAUACACCUGGACCAUCACACACCGAGCAAACGGGAAUGUGACUUCCAUUCCGUGGCAUAAUUCUAAUCGUGUGCAUUUCCCACCGAGGUAUUUUGCUGAAGGGGAGUACGUGCUGGCAGUCAGGGCGAGUCUCCGCACGGUGACCACCGAGGAGCAAACAGACUUUCUCAACGUCACCGUUGGGCCAGAGCGUCUGGCCGCAGCCAUUGUGGGUGGCGCCAACAGAAGAGUGGGCGUAGGGCACGAUCUUGUUGUCCAUGCGUCCGCGGGGCCUUAUGAUCUCGACGAGUCACGCGAUGGCACAGAGACCAACUUCGACUGGGAGUGCACUAAGUCGUCUGCAGGUGGUGUGCUGGCAGCGUGUGAAGUCGGCUUCUUGGAGACUGGCGUUGUGAAGAUAUCGAAGUCUUGGCUAGAGGCUGACUGUCGCUUGACGGUGGCGGUCACGGUCACCAAAGGGACGCUUAGCGCCACUGCCGCCCAGACCUUCAAUGUUGUCCGAGGCAACGUUCUGGACAUUUAUAUAAGGUGCGAUGACAACUGCAAGGAUCGGGUGGCCACUUCAGAAUCACUCUCACUAUCAGUGGUGUGCAUGAACUGCGGGGGAGCUAAAGAUUUGGCCUUUUCUUGGACACUGAAGGCUCAACAGAUAAUUAGCAACUUGGAGGAAAUUGCUUCUACAGGCGUUCACGAGCAAGGAUUGGCACUCAUUCCCGAUGCCCUCGAGACGAGAACGCACUACACAUCCACAGUGUCUGUCUCUGCCCAGGGAGCAGUCACCACGGAGGCGAGCUAUAGAUUCGUGACCAGUGUCUCUCCGUACAACGGCUCUUGCUCCAGCGAGCCCACCGCAGGCUUGGCGGGCAUCACAGGCUUCCAGCUCCGGUGCGAGGGCUGGCUUAGCGCCAGCAGCGGCAGUGCGAGCGACUUGGCGUACGAGUGGUGGUGGCUCAAGGGGGCCCGGCUCGAGCAGCUGCUCAGCAGCUCCCACCUGAGCCUCACCCCGCAGCUGCUGCUCCCUCGGGGCGACGCCGGCGGGCGGCUCACGCUGCUGGCCGCAGUGUGCGACGCCGUCGGGCAGUGCACGAAGGUUGCUGUCUAUGUUCAGGUUCGUAGCCCUCCUAUGCAAGAGCUGAUCAACAACACGAGGGGCUUGCUCGCUCUGGGCGGCUUCAUCGAGAGCAUGGUGCAGAGGAGCGACAGCUUGCUGCCGGCUACUGUCACCGUGCUCACGUCCACUCUGCUGCACACAGUAGCGGACGGGAACGCUGUCAAGGAGGUGACAGCAAAGCUUAUAGAAUCGCUGAUGACGUCAACUGUGCCAAUGAAUAAUGUGAAUGAGGUUCUGCAAUACACGAACUCGCUCGGAGCCCUGGCAAUGUCUCCGUCUGCAUUCACAGUCGACAGCAUGAAUGCCAUUGUUCAAGGAGCUAAGACUGCCGUGGAACAAAUGGAGAGGCUCGUGCACGUGGGGAAAGCCAGCCUGCUGAAAGUGUCUGAUGACGUGCUGCGUGUGGUUGGAGGUGCUCUGGAAAUAUCCCUCUCCUCGACGCAGCAUUCCAACAGGAGCCCAGCGAAUGGCUCUCAAGCGGAACCUGCAGGGGGCAUGCACGUGAACGCUGGCUUUGACGACCUGUUCAACACCUUGCUGCAGGUGGGGAAGCUGCACACUAAAAAGGCUGUGCCAGGAGAAAAGCCAGUCUCCUUAAGUGCCGGCCCCGUCUCAGCGGAGAUACAGACGAUCGCCGGUUCUAAAUUGUUUGAUGCAUCUUGGGAGACGGUGGAGGCGAAAGCCUCCCUGGAGCCCAACGUGAAUGCAACUGGCACGGUGCAGCCCACAGACAAGGUCAACGUUCAGAUUUGGUCUUUCAAAUCAGAUCCACUGACGACCAACAAUGGCGCUGCGCCAAACAGUGCGGUGGCCAGCUUACACGUGUCCGCCACACAGAAGGACUUAAACAUAACCUCUGCCACAAUCACCGUGGCCAAUAAUGGAGAUGCAGCAGGACAGGAGAUCGACUUUUUCCUCAAGCACAACGAAACGGUUUGCGUUAAGAAGCUUACUGUGCACAAGCCUGGGACGGCAGUGAUAAUGGAAGUGCUUUCCAGUGACAGCCUAGUGGAAGGGCUUGAGAUUUUAGUAUGGCAAGGCAGGUUGCCUGGACUGGACCCUAUAACAUAUGACCACCACUUCAUGAUUCAGCUAAAUGCAGUGGCCACUGAUGAAGAUUUGUCCUCAAGGAACAACACGAGUGACGUUCAGGACCACAGACCAAAUCACUUUUUUAUCCCCAGCAGCGAUACGAAAGCUGGCGAGUAUUACAUUGGCCUUCGGCACAACGGAAGUAGUGGGUCUGUCAAGUUGAAUGUAUGGACAGCUGCCUGCAAAAUAUGGGACAGUGACCAUAACCAAUGGAGCUAUGCCUUGGCACGUGUCCAUCCUAGCACUACAGUGCACAGCACUGUGUGUGAGUUUAAACCUGACAGUCGUGUCAACUUUGGCAAGGAAAAGGUCUUUGUGGGGGCGGAAUUCCUGACUCCAAACGCCAUCGAUUUCUCCACCGUCUUCUCAAAAUUUGACCUGGUGUCAAAUGGUGCCGUGUUUUCCACUGUCAUAAUGAUUGUUCUGCUCUACUUGUUGGUUUUAUUGUGGGCAAGGAAGGCGGAUGAGAAAGAUAAUGAAAAGAAUACGAUUUUGUGCCUUUUUGACGAAACGGACAAGUGCUCGUGUAAACUGCUCCUCAGAAUUGCGACAAGCAACAAAGCAAGCGGCCGUACAACGUCGCCUGUUUCUUUCAUCCUUCAUUAUGCAAAGUUUGAUUCUGGAGUUUGUGAGCUCUCCCACCCAUUGCUGAAGGAAUUCAAGAGGAAACAAGUGUACAACUUCAUAUUUGCAAUGCCACACUGCAGCGGCAAGCCCACGUGCAUGAGAAUCUGGCUGGGCUGCGACGGCCACACCGUCCCCUGGAAUGUCAGCGAAGUUUCUGUUUUGGAUUUGCAAAAAAGAAAUGUGUAUACCUUCCGUGACAAGAUGUCCAAGAAGACAGACAUCACCAUUGGACUGAGCGGCAAAACGCUCGAGGUGGCAGACGACUCCACGCAUUUCUCCAACCAGAAGUUGGCCUCGCACGCCGUCAAGACCAAUUUCACAGAAGGGCACCUGUGGUAUUCUGUCGUCCUUCGGCCAUUCAAGACGAACUUCUCCCGCGUGCAUCGCAUCUCCUGCUGCGUCACGCUGCUCUUCCUCAUGAUGAUCGCCAACGCCAUGUGGUUCGGCAAGAAGCAAGCGGCCAGCGAGGCGGGCGGAGGGGUCGCGCUGGGGCCGCUGUCUCUCACCGACGUCCUCAUCAGCCUCCUCGGCAGCCUGGUGGAGGUGCCCGUCAGCCUCGUGCUCGUGCUCAUAUUCCUGCAACAGCCGCUCGGGGAGCGAGCGGCCCCCAGGCCAGAAGAGCUCCUGGAGGGGCCCUUGGCCGGGUGGCUGCAGGUUCGUGGGAUGGGGCCUCAUCGUCCUCGCUGUCCUCAGCUCGGGCUUCUUCACGAUUCUCUACAGCAUGGAGUGGGGCCCGGAGAAGGCCAACCGCUGGCUCGUUCGAUUCCUGACGACCUUCCUCAUGUCGGUUGUGUUGAUCCAACCGGUGAAGAUUAUUGUCUUUGCAAUCAUCAAGUUUAUAAUGUGGAAGUGGAAGAAGGGUACACUCAAAGAGGAGAUGUUAAGGCCCUUCUCUGAGCAUAUUGAAAUCAUCUACAACUCUGGUCUCAAGGAACCAAACACCGGACAAAAGCAGUCGACAAGCUUGCCAAUAUCACUGAGGGACAUCAAUGAAGAUGACGUGCAGGUCAUGGGAGACGUGGGGCCCGCGUCGGGAGACACGGCCUGGGCUGCUGAGCGCACGCGACAUCCAUCGCUCGCUGGGGGGGCAGCCGCAGUGGUCACGCGGCGACCUGGAGGCGGUGGGCUCCUGUGCCUGAGGCCAUUCGGAGCAUCACGUCUCAAGGACCCAGAGAGCAUGGUGAGAGGACCAGGGGAGGCUCCAGGAAAUCAUUGAAGAAGUGGCACAUCAAGGCACCAUCAAACAGCAUUGACAAAAUAAAUAAAACUGCGCUGAAUUUUGAUGCAUUCCAGAAUGUUUUGCCAAUGAUCCCCAGUGGAGGAGAAAAAUAAAAAAAACAUCUAGUUCCCAAAAGUUCCCAAGACAUGAAAACAUAUCUGCAGCUGGUAGAGAUGUAUUUAGCAUUUGCCCACAUACUGGUGGACUUUAAAAUAUUAGAAAUAAAAACAAUACAGGGUCCAUCCAUUUCCCACCAUCCCUUUACAAGCAGUAGGAAUGAAAGUUGGCACACAUAUUGACUGUUAAGAAAAGUUAAGAAAUCUAAAUGGGCCUGGGCUUGGCGCUACGCAGGAACGGACGCAGGCUGGUGACGCAGGCUAACGAUGGAGUGGAUUAGAUCCAUGGGCACGCACAACCGCAGAGAUGGAGCGAUGAAAUCCUCCCGUGUGUGGCCACUCGAUGGAUUGUUGCAACGCAAGAUCGUGAGAGAUGGUUACAAUUUGAGGAGGUCUUCGUCCAGCAGUGGAUCGAUAACGGCGGAUGACGACAAUGCUUUGUUUAACGGUAUAUUGUUUAAUCUGUGGAAUGUUGCAAUAUAAUUAAAGUGUCCCCAUCACUGCGUAUAGAUAGCUGUAUCACAACUCUGAUCAUGUGAUAUUAGGACAUCAAAUACAGGGAGAAAAAAACCAUCAGCAAUACUAUAGUAUGUUAAAGUUGUUACAUAUUAUUCAUAAAGACAUACAAUUUGUAGAAACACCAUUGCCAAAAUGUAACAUUAGUUUACCAAAAUCUACAGUACCAAGUUUUGCCGAAUUUCCAUGAUCUCUGUGAGCUGGGAAACUACCCCGUCUCUCCGAUGCGUGGCUUGUGCCUCGUGGUGUUCAGCAUGAUGCCUUGCAUCUCGAUCCACGUCCUGGGAGCUUCAUCAGCAACUGGAUACCUAGCACGUGAAGCAAAAUGUAAUUCAUAUAGCACAAUCACAAAGACUCACCCGGUAGUCAAUACAUGAGCUAGGUUAAGACUUAGAUUCAGAACAUUGCAGACUGGGUGGAUUGAUCCACAAGUACCAGCUGAUCUGUGAUGUUGGGUCCCAGGCACGAUAGAGGGAUAUCAUUGGGACUGCCUGGCACCAUAUUGCCCCUGCGACUUCACCGUUAAACCAGUUAUGGCAGAUACAGAGCUUUAUAAGCUUGAGUAUUGACAACAUUAUCAUAAUGUGCAUGUCCUGUAUUCAAUGCAUAGUUGAUUUUGUCCUGUACUGCUGAAUGAAGGCCUUCCCGUGCCGUAUCAGUGAUAGGGGUUGUUUUCCCAUACUUCACCACAAUGUUGAGUCCAGGUAGCGAAGGAGGAGCCCAGGAUUGGUCCAGGUAACACUUGUCACUGAUGUCAGAUUAUAUAGCAGCUCAGUGGGAUUCUAUCGCCGUGCAAGCGUCUGGCCCUUCUCGUGAGUCAGUGUCCACACACUCCUCGCUGGGCCAUUUCUAAUCUCGUCCGUCUCUAGUUGUGCGCGGGAGGCAUCCAGACGCUUCUCACUUCCUCCUCUCCGUCCCUCCCUGCCUCUGGCAUCUCCAUCUCUGUGUUGCGUCUCUCCUCGUUAUUACCUCCCCCAUGGUUUGAAAACUAAACUAUUUUUUAUUUGACUAGUUAAAGCCCACUCAACUGAAAAGCUCUUUUUCAGAAGCGACCUGACCACAAAUGAUAGCUCAACGAAGUAGCUAAAUACUCUUAAACAUAUGCUCCUAAAUGUGGUGGGGGGAACCGAAGGACCCGGAGAAAAAUCCAUGCGACCACGGGGAGAGAGACACGCAAACUCCAAAUAGACAGCAGGAGGCGUCGGGGUCACCAUCGAACGCACGACCUCCUGCGUAGCAGGCCAAGGAGUUCACAUGGCGGGACCCCCAUGAGCACACCUCUGAGUUCCCUGUAGUCACGUCUCUUCACCAGUUUGCCUUUCCUGAUCGUCUUCAUGGACAACACGUCACACAGAGAGCCGCGUUGUGUCUGUGUGUGACAGCUGCGUUGUGUCUGUGUGUGACAGCCGCGUUGUGUAUGUGUGUGACAGCUGCGUUGUGUCUGUGUGUGACAGCCGCGGUGUGUAUGUGUGUGUGAGUCUCGUUGUGUCUGUGUGUGACAGUCUCGUUGUGUCUGUGUGUGACAGCUGCGUUGUGUCUGUGUGUGACAGUCUCGUUGUGUCUGUGUGUUACAGUCUCGUUGUGUCUGUGUGUGACAGCUGCGUUGUGUCUGUGUGUGACAGCUGCGUUGUGUCUGUGUGUUACAGUCUCGUUGUGUCUGUGUCAGCCUCGUUGUGUCUGUGUGUGUCAGCCUCGUUGUGUCUGUGUGUGACAGCUGCGUUGUGUCUGUGUGUUGCAGCCGAAGGCGGUGGUGCAAAGCUGUAGAGCACGACACAUUUCCAACAUGACACACUUGCCAGAAUUUAAUUGCAUGCCUUCAGGUUAGAGUGUAUCAUAAACAUUCUUGCGUAUUUUUUUCUAAUAAUCAUAUAAUUAGGCAAUUAUGUUUUGCUUGAAAAUGUAUACCAAAUGGUUGCUUUCAUUGGAGUUUAAGUCAGCCUUGAUUACAUUAAUUACAGUUUUUAAAUAUGAAGCCAGAGCCUGGCUUUAAUUUACAUCACAUGUUAUAACUGUACUCCAUAUAGGCAGCAUAUUUCAUUUUGUAUACAUGCUAAACGCUUCUAUCAUAUAAAUUCGUUAUUUAAUAAUUGUGUGGACUUGAAAAUGAUAUUGUUUAGAGCAGUAGUUAGCAAAAUGUUAAAAUCAAGAUAAAUACUAAUAAAUGUUACAAUUUGAAGUUUG